AUGGAGGUAUUCAACGAGACUGAAGACGAAUGGCAAGGCUUACCAGAUCAGCCACCCCUGCCAUCGCCAACUCCGCCCCCACCUCUUGAGCUAGCAAGGGAAGCAACUCCAUGUAAGAGGAAGGCUAAUCAAGAACAAGGGGAAACGCUUCAAGAAUUAGAGGAUGAACGACUUGCGGCAGCUAGUUCGAUAAUACGUGAGCAACUAUAUGGGCCUCUAUAUGCUCAUUUGCCCAAUGUUUAUCUGGACUGGGAGCUGGAAGGCUAUAUCUGCCGUGUCAUAGGAAGCAGAUGUUUUGGUCAUGAUUUUGUGCAUUUGCAUCUAUUAAAGAGACAUCUUGAGUCUGGAUACCAUCAGGCCCAUAACGCGACCCAUGGUCCUGUAGAACGAACACCACCCCCACGACAGAAUUAUGUACGCCAGGAAAAUCGCAUCUUAGGAACAGAGGUCGACCGCAUAGACAUCCAGGAGGCAGCAACAGACGAUGUCACACUCUUCCCAGAACUCAUAAAUCAUCAAGAUACCCCUUCGAGAGCCACAGCAAUCCAACACCUCCAGUUAGAGAUUGAAGAUAGUGAGGAUAGCUGUUCAGAGCUCCCAACCAACCAACAUCUCUUGUCAGAGGUGAGAGAUAGUGGAGAUUUAGAGAUCCCUCCUUCUGAAUCUCUCUUGUCAGAAAUCCCAGACAGCGAAGGCUCCCCACAACUACCGCUAACCGAUCUGCCAAAUGCCACAAAGCCAGGCCUUGAUUAUGAGACUGAUCAUGAAUCUGAAAGUGUAGAAAGUGUUAUUGUAGUUGUACCAUGUGAAGUUGCUAACUGCGAGAAGUGUAUUGAGUUUACGGUUUCACAUAUUUAG